AUGCCCAUGUGGGCCACUUGGGACCAUGGUGACAACCAGACCCAGGCCGCUGUCGAGGACCACGUCUGGGUUCGUGGUCGACCCUCAGCUGAGGUGGCCCAUGGGCUGCAGGCAAUCACUGGGCAGAUCAGCAACCGGAAGGCAGUCCCGUGGUUCCUAGGAAAAGAGACCCCGGGCACUUUGCAGAGAGGGCGAGCGGGCGAGCGAGCUCAGAAGAGGCUGCAGGCGCCGAGGCUGGACCAGAAAGACUACGUCUGUUUAGGCAGGAAUCCCGACUUCCAGAGACCGAGGGAACAUGGCUACAAGGCUCUGGCUACAAGCCUGCCACCAUCAGAGCAGCCACCAUCGGGAGAAAAGCAAAACUACAACCCCGAGGUCUGGCACUUGAGAUUCCGAGGUUUUUGUCCCUCGAAGAGGGCCAGUCCUGACCAAAGUCUGAAGCAGAUCUCUGAGCUAUGCUACCAGUGGUUGAGACCAGACCUCAACAGCAAGGAGGAGAUCCUGGACCAGCUGGUGUUGGAACAGUUCAUGAUCUCCAUGCCGCCACAACUGCAGGCUUUGGUCAAGGAGAGCGGAGUGACGAGCUGCAAAGAUCUGGAAAAGAUGCUGAGGGAUCAUAGGAAACCCCGCUCGUGGUCCAUAGUAAAUUGGAAAGGACGACUAUACCUCCGCCGAGAUCCCAGAGUUGAGAAGGCUGAAGCCAGGGAGGAUGAGUGGGAUGACAUGAAGUGGUCCCAGAAGGACCUGUCAAAUCAGGAGGAGCCGCCCAGCAGACGCCAGGGUAGCCCAGCGCUGCUUCGGAACCUGUCUUCGGAGACGGAAGUGCCUUCCACUAGCAAGGCGAGUGUGUCUGGGGCAAUUUGGGAGAAGGGACUAGAAGAUGUGAUGACGCCCCGGGAAGAGGCAAAAUUGGAUCCUGUCACACCGUUCACCCACAUUCUAGAAAAAAGAGACCAAGCCGCAAGCACAGAUCCUCAGGGUCUCUGCAGCAACAGCAGGGACCGCGCUCCUACUUGCCGAGGAGGGGCCUCUGGUGUGUACCAUACUGAAAACAGGCAGCUAGCGGUGGCUGCUCUAGAGCAUCUCCCAGGCCAGGCUCGGUUUGAGUGCAGGGAAUGCAGGAGGAGUUUCCUUUACAGGUCUCAGUUUGUCAUCCACCAGAGGUCACCCACGGGAGAGAGACCCUUUGAGCGUCCCUUGUGCAACAAGGGCAUCCUGCAGUCCUCGGACCUUCGGGUCCACCAGCGCACCCACACGGGUGAGAAGCGCGUGUGCAGGGUCUGGGGCAAGGUGUUUGCCCACGAGUCCACCCUGCUGGGCCACAGUCGGGUCCACACCAAGGAGAAGCCCUACGAGUGCGAGCACUGCUGGAAAUGCUUCAGCCACAAGAGCAAACUCAACGUCCAUCUCCUCAUCCACAGCGACUGCAGACCCUACAGACCCUUCCGACAGCGGCACUCUGAAGCGACGUGUGAAAACCCAUUCAAGAGCAGUGCCCGUAGACGACCCCUGCUGCUCUUUCUAGUGAGCCUGGUCCAUCUCAGUCAGCCCACACAAGCCCUCAAGCUCCCAGGCAUCUCACCUCCCAAGGUGGCCUGUCAACCGGGAGGACAACCCGAGCCUCUGCAGGGGAAGUCUCUCAGUGCACCGUGCCACGAGAAGAGGCCCGGGAGAGCAGAAUGA